UUUGUGGUUCCAGAGAAGACCAAUCCAGCCCUGAGACUGAAGAUCAGAAAAACUGAAGAAAGAGAACAAGUAAUAAGGAAUAUUUUCCCUCUGGGCGUCAUAGUUAAGGGUCAUACUUUACAGUGAGUUUAGAAAAUGGCCUCCAAGCGUUCUUUCACUGAAGAGGAUUUCUCUUGUCCUGUGUGCCGUGACAUUUUCAAGGAUCCUGUCAUCAUGACAUGCAGUCACAGUGUUUGUAAAGUUUGUCUGCAGCAGUUCUGGGAAUCUAAAGGACACCAAGAAUGUCCUAUCUGCAGGAAAAGAUUCACAAAUUCAAGUCCACAACUGAACUUGGUCUUAAGGAACCUGUGUGAGACCUUCUUACAGGAGAGAAGUCAGAGAGCUUCAGCAGGGUCUGAGGUGCUCUGCAGUCUGCACAGUGAGAAACUCAAGCUCUUCUGUCUGGAGGAUAAACAGCCUGUGUGUCUGGUGUGCAGAGACUCAAGGGAACAUAAGAAUCACAACUUUUGUCCUGUUGUUGAGGUGACAACUGGUUAUAAGGAGGAACUGAGAACAGAGCUGGCCAAGCUGAAGGAAAAGAUGAAGAAACAUGAAGAAACUAAACUAACCUGUGACAAAACAGCAAAACACAUUAAGGCACAGGCCCAGCACGCAGAGAAGCAGAUCACGGAGAAGUUUGAGAAGCUUCACCAGUUUCUACGAGAUGAAGAGGCAGCCAGGAUAGCUGCACUGAGGGAGGAAGAGGAGCAGAAGACUCAGAUGAUGAAGGAGAAGAUUGAGAAGAUGAGCAGAGAGAUCUCAUCUCUUUCAGACACAAUCAAAGCCAUAGAAGAGCAAAUAAGUGCUGAUGACAUCACAGUCCUGCAGAGUGUGGUGAUCUCUAAAGAAUCUCUGAAGAGUGUGGAGAUCUCUGAAGAGUGUGGUGUUGGUGUGGAGAUCUCUGAAGAGUGUGGUGUUGGUGUGGAGAUCUCUGAAGAGUGUGGUGUUGGUGUGGUGAUCUCUAAAGAGUGUGGUGUUGAGAAGUGUGGUGUUGGUGUGGUGAUCUCUAAAGAGUGUGGUGUUGAGUGUGGUGUUGGUGUGGUGAUCUCUAAAGAGUGUGGUGUUGGUGUGGUGAUCUCUGGUGUUGGUGUGGUGAUCUCUGAAGAGUGUGGUGUUGGUGUGGUGAUCUCUGGUGUUGGUGUGGUGAUCUCUAAAGAGUGUGGUGUUGAGUGUGGUGUUGGUUUGGUGAUCUCUGGUGUUGAAGAAGAAGCCCAGUGCACACUGCAGCAACCAGAAAAAGUUUCAGGAGCUCUGAUCAAUGUGGCAAAGCACCUGGGCAACCUGAAGUUCAGAGUCUGGGAGAAGAUGCAGAAGACUGUUCAAUACACUCCUGUGACUCUGGAUCCCAACACUGCACACCCACUACUCAUCCUGCCUGAGGAUCUGACCAGUGCAAGAAUUGAUAAGAGACAGCAGCUUCCUGAUAACCCAGAGAGAUUUGAUAAGUAUCCCUGUGUCCUGGGCUCUGAGGGCUUUAACUCAGGGACUCACUGCUGGGAUGUGGAGGUUGGAAAGAACACAGCGUGGGAAGUGGGUGUGAAGGCAGAGUCGGCCCAGAGGAAGGGAGACUAUAACUAUGGUGUGAGUGGACAGUGCCGUAUAUAUUAUAAAGAUGGUAAAUAUGGAGCAGGUGCUGCACCACAGCCCUCCACUCGCCUCACAGUGCAGCAGAAACUCCAGAGGAUCAGAGUGCAGCUGGACUGGGACAGAGGAAAGCUGUCAUUCUCUGACCCUGAUACUAACACACACCUACACACUCUCACACACACUUUCACUGAGAGAGUGUUCCCAUACUUAGCUGGUGGUGUAGAGUGUCCUCUGAGGAUGUUACCAGUGAAGGUCUCAGUUAGAGUAGAGCAGCCCAGUUAGAGCUGAUGGUGUCUCUGUGUGGACCAGAACUGAUCAGCAUGAGGAGAUGAAUCAGUUAGAGGAGACUCUGAGAGAAAACACCACUGUGGACUGAGAGAAAUCACCAGCAUCAGACACACCAUGGGAUAAUUUGACAUUCACUGUACACACUCUUACAUUUUAGUUUCUGACGUGUUUUUAGGUAAAUUUCACUUCAUCUUCCACCUGAUCCACGCUCUAUCCAGACACGAUGGGCCGAGCUCAGAGCUGCUCCUCUCAUUGGCCAGACCUGAUGGGCCAAGCUCAGAGCUGCUCCUCUCAUUGGCCAGACCUGAUGGGCCAGGCUCAGAGCUGCUCCUCUCAUUGGCCAGACCUGAUGGACCGAGCUCAGAGUUGCUCCUCUCAUUGGCCAGACCUGAUGGGUCGAGCUUAGAGUUGCUCCUGUCAUUGGCCUGAUUCCCUGGGCAGUUCCACAGCAGUUAAAUGGACCAACCAGUCGUGACUCUGGCCAGAGGUGUACAGAUGUUUUGCCUUAUUUCUCAGAGAAUGUUAUGGUAUAUCGCUUCCUCUCUUUACUCUCUUUUCUCUCUCUCUCUCUGCUGGGUGGACACCAUGUGUAAGACUCCUCUUUUCUUCCCUUCUUCUAGUACCAGAGAGAGGACGGUGUUUCUUUUUUCUUUGUUCUACUUCUCAUCUGAUUUUCAGUUUGUCCUACUACUGUAUACAAUAAAUAUAGUUUAGUGCUCAGUCUGCA